GUGGAGGUGUAGCUGUUGGAACCCUUCUUCUUAUUGAGGAAGAUAAAUAUGGUCUUUACUCCAAUUUGUUGUUCAAGUAUUUUCUCGCAGAGGGAGUUGUCUGUGGACAUGAAUUGUUUGUUGCUUCUGCUAAAGAGCAUCCUGACAACAUCUUAAAGGAACUUCCAGCGCCUUUGCUUGAUGAUACCUGUAGAAAUGAAUUGGGAGAAGAAGCAACAGCUGUUAAGUCUGAAGAUUUUCAGGAUUCUAUGAAAAUAGCCUGGCGCUACCAAAAUUUACCAAAAAUUGAGGCCAGCCCAAUGACAUCUACAAAGUUUGGCCAUUAUUAUGAUAUUUCUAAAACAAUGUCUCCAGAACUGUGUCAGUCCAUAAAAUGGCACAGUUUUUACCUUCCUGAAGAAUUAUCUUUACAACCUAAAAUGAAAACAUGUGCUAUGAACAGUGCUUACAGAAAGCUGCUUCAGUCCAUUCAGAGGAUCAUUUACCAUGAAGGGUUUGAUGGCUCUGAUCCCCAGAAAAAACAAAAGAAUAUUUUGCGGAUAGGAAUUCAUAGUCUGGGUUCCAUGUUGUGGGGUGAUGACAUCUGUAGCAGUGAUACUCCUGAAGAUGUUCACAGCCUUACGAAAUUUCUGUAUGUUCUCCGUGGCCUCCUCAGAAAAUCUUUGUCAGCCUGCAUCAUCACAGUGCCUGCUCACCUUAUCCAGAAUAAAGCAAUUAUGGAACGUGUAACAAACUUGUCAGAUAUAGUAGUUGGUCUUGAAUCAUUUAUUGGCUCUGAGAGAGAAACCAAUCCACUAUACAAGGAUUACCACGGUUUGGUUCACGUACGUCAGAUUCCUCGGCUUAAUAGCUUGAUCUGUGAUGUGUCAGACACGAAGGACCUUGCUUUUAGAUUAAAAAGGAAGCUGUUCACCAUUGAGCGACUGCAUUUGCCUCCAGACUUGUCAGACACAGUGAGCCGCGCAAGCAAACAGGAUCUGGCAGAAUCCGCCAAACUGCUGAGCUCAGGAUGUGGUGCUAUGGCCAUCGGCAAGAAGCACCUGGACUUCUAG